AUGGCGACCCAGGCUGUAUCUCAUAUGGAAAAAGAGAAGGGAAGUAAUGGACGUGGAGAGGAUCUUCCGCGUACACACAAGUGUGGCGAGUGCGACAAGGAGUUUCGUCGAUUGAACGACUGGAAGAGACACAUGCGUACUCACACGGGCGAGAAACCAGUUAGGUGCGAGGAUUGUAGCAGACAGUUUAGUAUGCUGAGUCAGCUGAAGAUACACAUGCGGACUCAUACCGGAGAGAAGCCGUAUAGAUGUGAUGAAUUCAGCAAACCGUUUAGCGAGCUGGGUUCCCUGGAGAAGCAUAUGCGGACUCACACUGGUGAGAAACCUUACAAAUGCAAGAAGUGCAACAAACAGUUUAGUGAGCUGGGUAAUCUGAGGACUCACACUUGUGAGAAACCUCACAAAUGCGAAGAGUGCGGCAGACAGUUCAAUCAGCUUGACCAUCUAAAGAGUCACAUGCGGGUUCAUACCGUCUUCGUGCAGAUUUUAGACAGUCGCUGUUAA